UUGAGACCCAUGGGGAACAACCACUGCGUCCCUCAGGCUCCUAAGAGGCUCCGGGCUUCCUUCUCCAGAAAGUUGUCGCUGAGGGGAAAUAGAGAGGAUGGCUCAAGGAAGCUGGCUGGCCUGUUCGGCACGGAGGCCAGUCCUGACGGGGACACCACGGCCGACAAGAUCUUCCACUACAUCCCGGGGUCGGACCUCCCAGGCCUGGAGAGGCAGCGAGACCCCUCGGAGCAGCCAUUCCUUAGUGUGUUCAAGAGGGGCCGGCGGAGGGUGCCCGUGAGGAACCUGGGCAGCGUCGUGCACUACGCCAAGGUCCAACUGAGAUUCCAGCACAGCCAGGACAUCAGCGACUGCUAUCUGGAGCUCUUCCCCUCCCACCUCUACUUCCAGGCCCACGGCUCUGAAGGACUCACGUUCCAGGGGCUGUUACCACUGAUGGAGCUGAGUAUCUGCCCACUGGAGGGGUCCAGGGAGCAUGCCUUCCAGAUUACAGGCCCACUUCCCGCCCCUCUCCUGGUGCUCUGCUCCAGCCAGGCUGAGCUGGACCGCUGGCUGUACCAUCUGGAAAAGCAGAUGGCCCUCGCGGGAGGCCUGCGGCGCUGCAACUCGGCACCCCCACAGCGCAGGCUGACCCGGCUGCGGACAGGAUCAGGGCGCCAAACGGUGGGCAGUGCCAUCUGUGCCUCAAGGGUCAAGCUGCAGCAUUUGCCAUCACAGGAGCAGUGGGACCGGCUGCUGGUUUUGUACCCGACUUCCCUGGCCAUAUUCUCUGAGGAAGCUGACGUGCUUUGUUUUAAGGGGGAGCUCCCACUGGGCGCCAUCAACAUCAACCUGGAGGAGAAGGAGAAACAGAUCCGCUCUUUCCUGAUUGAAGGCCGCCUCAUCAAUACCAUCCGUGUGGUGUGCGCCAGCUACGAGGACUAUAGCCACUGGCUACUCUGCCUGCAGACGGUCUGCCGCAGGGAAGGGGCCCCCCUACAGCCCGGCCCUGAGGGCUUCCCGGGGCUACGGGUGCCCACCCAGGCCCUGGGCAGUGGCCGAGGCUCACUCUCCUCAGAUGGACGGACCAGCUGGGACUCGGGGUACCCAGCACCCCCCUCCACCCGCACCAGCCACUCCCUCCCUGAGUCCUCAGUGCCGUCCACCGCAGGCUGCCCUACCCAGCCUGCACCUGACCAGACCAACUCUGGCUGUACCGGCAUGGGUGGGCCGAAGGCAGAGCUGAGACUAGGCGGCAGCACUCGGUCACCCAGGAGCAAGGCCCGGAGUGAGGGGCCCAGCCCAGCGACCCCACUGCACCUGGACCUGACCAAGCUGAGCAGGCUGAGCCUGGAGGGUGGCCCCGAGGCCCCAGACCACACUCUGGAGACACCACACUCUCCUCUCUAUGCCGACCCCUACACUCCACCUGCCAACUCCCACCACAAGAUCACAGACGUCCGGGGCCUGGAUGAGUUCCUCAGUGCAGUGCAGAGCUCACUUGGACCCGAGCCCCCAAGCCCAUUCCCUUCGGUCCCCGUGUCUGUGCCUGUCUCCGACCCCAGCUCCAGACCCUCCGGCCACCACUUGCCUUCCAAGAAGGGGGCCCAGCAGCCCCGAGCCUCUCAGCGGUCCCGGGGCUCUGCCAAGGGCCGUGGGCCCCGGCCCCCAAACUCCCCUCAGCUCAUGGUGGUCCCCCCAGGAGCUACGACAACAUCUGGGACAAGGCUGUGUCUCCCCCCAACCAGCGGUGGCCCCGUGGAGCAACCAAGGCUGAAGGGGGGCUCAUCCAGUGGAUCUGAUGCGCAGGCUGCUUCUCAGGAUCACCUGCCAGCGUGGACCCUGGAGGGGUCUGCAGCAAAGCCUGGGUUUUUCUUUGUGGGGCCGCCCCUAUCCAAUACCGAGUUAGGGUCUGACCCCAGCAGGAUAGAGGGAGUCUCAAGAACCCUGAGUUCUGGGUCUUCUCAGCCCCAUCCUGAGGAUGCCAUGGCCGGCGUGACUGGACCACAGAUUGACUGGAUGACUGGAGGGGCCAAACCGUGGCCUGCACCCAGGGAAAGACUGAGGGGGGACACUUGAUGGGGGCUUCACCUGGGAGUGGGAGAACGGCACAGGGGUGAGGUCAGAGGGCUGAGAAAGUCAGGUUGGCGAAUGAACGUCAGAGUACAUGAGGUCAGAGGGCAUGAGGUUAGAG